AUGUUUCCUAUAUUUUGGAUCCUCCUCCCUCUGGUCUCCGCCCAGACAUACCAUUGGGGUCCAUGCCCCACCCCCAGUGUCCAGCCCAACUUCAGCCUGCAGCAGUACCUGGGCACGUGGUAUGAGAUAGCGAAACUUCCAGCAUCCUUUGAGAGAGGGAAAUGCAUCCAGGCCGAUUACUCUCUGAGGGGAGACGGCACCAUCAGAGUCCUCAACUCCCAGUUCUAUAAAGGUAAGGUGCGGACUGUGGAGGGGACAGCAGUGGUCCAGGACCCAAAAAAACCAGCCAAACUGGGAGUCAGCUUCUCCUACUUCACUCCCUAUAGUCCGUACUGGGUGCUGAGUACUGACUAUGUGAGUGGAGCGGUGGUGUACAGCUGUACUGACGUGUUGAGGAUUUUCCAUGUCGACUACGCCUGGAUCCUGGGACGUUCCCGCUUCUUGCCUGCAGAGGAAGUAGAGUACGCCAGGCAGCUGCUGGCUAAAGAAAACAUUGACACCUUCAAGAUGAGUGUUACUGACCAAACGGGCUGCGACUAGAUGGAGGUUUAGAGGUCAGCGGUUAGGGUUGUAGGGUUAAAGGGUUAUUUAUGUGUCCACUUCCCUAGUCCUAACGCCGUAGACACUUCUCCCCUACUCCCAAUGCUCUAUCCACAUGUAAUUUAGCCCUACCUCUAUAGUUACA